AUGAGAAUCGGCAAUUAUAUUACCUACGUGCUCGCCUCUGCUGGAGCAAUCGCAGGCCAACAACUUGGUCUCCCAUCCCUGAAUUAUCUUGGCUUUAUGAACAUAACCCUUGGAUCAUUCUUGACUGUUGGAGACGUCGGACUGGGCCAGCAAGUAACAAUCCCGAUAACUGGGGGCACCGUGCGUGGAGCAAGAGUCACUGGAACAAUCUCAUCGUUUGGAGGUGACUACGGGUAUUUUGAUGCCAAGGGCAUAUAUCACCCGGAUGCACGCCUAAACAUACAAACCGACGACGGCGCUCUGAUUUACGUGCAGCUAGCCGGGUCAGAGCUGGCAACCAACGAAGGUCAACCAGACAAUCGAGGCAUACUGAGGGUCAAGUAUGAAUCAGGCCAUACUAAUUACACAUGGCUCAAUAGUGUCGCUGCUACAGCCAUGUAUGAGAUACUUGGUGUUAUAGGUCACAGUACAUAUCUGCUUGUUGAUGCUUGGGAGACAAAACCUCCUCAGAAAAAGGUAUCUGUCUAA